CAGAUGAGACAGAAUAACAUUUAUAAAUUUCAACUCGACUAUUAUAAGUUCUGUUUUAUCUUUUUCUCUUCUCAAAGAAAAGUUCAAGAAAAUUCUUCUCUGUUAAUCAUCAUGAUCAAGCAAACUUUUACCUUAAUUCUGUUAAUAACCACAGUUUCAUUAGCCCGAAGUGCAUCUGAUAAUGAAGAAAGUACUUUCUAUGUAGACGCUUUCAAAGAAGUGUGUUCGUUGCGUACCAAAGAAAUCAAAGACGGAAAUUUUGAUAAAGCUAUCAAAGCUACGAGCGAUUGUAGGGAAAAACUCUUGUCCAAAGAUGAACUUGCUGCAAUUAGUAAAUGUGAAAUUAUUUUACCAAUGAUCAAGGCUGAUGAAGUUACCAAAAUCUGCAAUGACAUGAAUGGUAGUCUAGACAAGUUUACUGAGCAAAUAAAAUGCAACAAGCAAGCCGCUGGUGACAAAAUCAACAAAUUUGGGGAGUGUUAUGUAGCCUUCCAAAGAUCCGUUGCGGGUUAAAGUGCUCCAAAAGUCCGUUAGUUUGGUGGAAAGAAAGUUAAACGAUGCAGAUGAAGAUUUGAUUCUCCCAGUUAUCAUUACAAUAUUGUAUCAAGUUCACUUUUAUAAUAAGCAAUUGAAAACAUUAA